AUGGUCGAGCCUGUCGUCGCGGCCCUGAACCCGUUCAGCAAUUAUUUCUACCCAAACGUCGUCCUCCAGCUGCUCAACGCGACUGUACGGCAUUUGUCGGCGGAGACUUCUCCAAUGUCUGCGUUGGGCACGGAGCCCACUGUAUUCUACCGCAAUAGGACCAAGGGCAAGGAGCGAGCAGUAUCGGAAGGCGACGGGGGCACGAACAUGCAUUGGCUCCAUGACGCUCGCUGUCGGCCACCAAGCCAGCAACCGCCAAAUCACGUAUCCGCUAGCCUGCUGUGGCGACUGAACCCUGCCAGCACCAUCCCGGGCUUGUCCGUCUUCAGCCCCUCUGCGACCCGCGGCUUUCCUUCCAACUUCGUGCCCUGUCAUGUCCGUCACUCGUCGCAUGCAGUCGAUCCCGGGUCUUCUUCGAACUCGCCAGGUGUCCCAAGUACGGACGAUCCAACAUUACUGGUGGCGACCUUCAUCGCCGGACACCGGCUACCACGCACCGGGAAAUACGUGUCCAAGGCCGUUGCUUGGAAUGCCCUCGAAUACCUCCGCUCCAGAAGUAGCUCCCCAUCCGUCGACCUCUACGCCUUCCUGGAACAACUCGCCCGGAGCAUGCUUCAGCAUGAAGUUCGCAACCCCAAUCCUUCCCAUGCAAGCCGCCUUCCCUUCUGGACCACGCGCGCAUUCGAAUUGUUGUCUCUCCUACGCCCUGCUGGUGACGCAUCCACGCCGACAGAGCAGUGGCUCAGUCUCAAAGCCCGAUUUCACGCGAUGCGCGGCGAGGUUCAGGAUGCCAUCGUCAUUUGCGACCGCCUCAUUCAACGACGCAUCGACGCGUCUGCCGCACCAAUUACCGCUCCGCACCGUUCGGAACAAUACUCGGAGCAUCGGCCAACUCCCCCUGGCUCAGUCGAGACUAUUACGCUAUCUACAUUGCUGGAAAUGUUAUACCGCUCUGGUGGUGUCCGCGCAGUGCUCGACUUCCUGCUCCCGCGAUGGGAUACUGUUGGGAUCUAUGUACUUGAUCCAACCAUCCAACUCCCGCACGUCGGCAAGACCGGUGGGGAGCCCCUGCACCGAGCGUUGAAUCUCAUGGCAGACGAGCUUGUGCUUUCUUCCGCUCCUUCCUACGUCUCCGGCACUCGGCAGGACCGCAUGCACACCGCACAACUCCUGGUGCAUCUACUCAUGAUGCGCGGCGCACCUGAUGAUGCGCUGGUCAUUGUCGACUCCGCGGGCGAGCAAGGGUUACAUCUCCCCGAGAAGUUACGCCUUCAACUGUCCCAUGCGCUCAUCAAAGCCCGCGCUACAGAAAGCGCAAUGCAUGUGUUCUCGAGCAUCAACUUCGACGCACUCGAUUGGCAUGAUAGAAACCUCGUGGAUCAGUACCUGUCAACCGGCUUGAGUCUCCAUUCCUCGCGAGGAGACGCGGUCAAAUCCCAGGAAUUUUUUUCCUCCUUAGAAGAGCUGGGGCGUGUGUCAGACCGGAAGAUCGCGCAACUGCUGCACGCGCAUGCAGAGAGUGGGGACAAGGAGGGCGUCCUCCAAGUCUUUCAAAGAUUCUUCGGCCAACAAGGCGAAGCGCGUGCACCGGACGUUGUGCAUUACUUUCAUGUCCUCUUAGCCCACAUACGCGCUCGAGAUCCAAGUGGCGUUCAACAUUGGCUGCGCGAAAUGCUUCGGGCGGGUCUCGCGCCUGACGUGCAUGUUUACAGUUCUCUCGUCAAGUUCUACGCCGAGCGGGGUGACGGGCCCAUGGUCGCAUCACUCGUUAAUCAAACGUUGGAGCGCAAACUACGGCCAAGACCCGAGGUGUUCACGACAGUAAUCUCAAUGCUCGGCAAGCAGCGUAACUCGCUCGCAGCGGAGGACGUGUAUCGGCGCGCACUUGAAGUUGGUGUCGCACCCGACAAGACGAUGAUCUCGGCGCUUAUGAAUGCGCACGCAGAGUCAGGCUCGUGGAUGGGUGCAAUCCGCGCAUUCGAGUACCUCCUGGCUCAGGGCUCGCGCGACCGCCGCCCAGGCGCACACGAGUUCAAUACUCUACUCAAGUCCUACGUCCUUCUCGGCGCACCGUUUUGGGCUGUACGAGCAUUGCUAGAGAAGAUGGAGCGUUAUGGUGUGCGCCCUACUCGGCACACUUAUUCCCUCGCCAUUCAGUCCGCAUCCGAUCAAGGGCUCAUGGAUACUGCUACUGGCUUGUACCGGCGCUUUGCACGUCUUGCCGCGGACUCGACCUCAGGCUUCGAGAUGAAUGUCUACGUCCUCACCAUCCUCAUGUCUGGCUGGCUAAGGCAAGGCAACACCGACCGCGCCCGCGCGAUAUACGAAGAUAUGCUUGCACGUGGUAUCAAGCCCUCGGCAGUCACGUACGGCGCGAUCAUCAAGCGCUACACUACGGAGGGUACUGAGGAGAGUCUCGCGUUAGCGCGCGCGUUUCUGAACGACAUUCUCAGCGCUGAGACCAGUCAAGACCUCGAGACUGCCGAUACUCCUCGUGAUGCAGCCCUGCAGACAAUGGUUGGGCCCCUCAUGCAUCAUGCGGCCGGCAAGCGGGAUCAGGCAAUGGUUGAGGCGCUCCAAACGCAGAUUUUGGCAGAGGGAGGAGAUCGGACAGUGGGGCUCUUGACGGUCGCUCUGCAUGCUCACCGCAGGAGUGGCGAUGUCGAAUCCGCGCGUCGAGUCUGGGAAGAAGUGUACUCUCGUGCCCUUCGCCUCUCGGACGUCAGCGAUCUCACGAUGCGCAGCGGCGCGCUGAGGCGGCCCUCGUACCUUAUAUCCCUGCCGUUAAGCAUCAUCCUGGACGCCCUGUCGGCCGCUGGUGCGCACGCCGAAGUGGCAAAAUUGUGGAGCACGGCACACUCUGCUGGCUUUGCGUUCGAUGCACGAAACUGGAAUCACCUUGUCGUGGUGCUCGUGCGCGCCGGGGAGCUACCUCGCGCGUUUUCAGUACUUGAGCGCAUCAUCCUUCCGAAUCGCGCAAAGGCCCGGGAACCUAUUUCCGCGCAUAUACCUCGAGAUUCGCCGUUACUCAGCGCGGAAGAAGUUGAAGAAGCAUCCGGUGCCGGCAGUGGGAGGAUGAGUGCGGAGGUGCGCGUUGCGAAUGUGAAGCGGACGGCCAGCUUCACCGAUUCAAGCGACUUUGAGGGGGUUGAUGAUGGCGGACACGGUUCGUUUUUGCAUCCCUUGAGGUUGUUGCAGCAUGUAUCGCCUGCGUGGAACCAGUGGCGGCCGCAUAUCGAUGUCGUUCGCCUCCUCUGGGCUGUCUUGGAACAUCUGCAGGACGGCCAUGUCGUGACGCCCGUCCAACUACGGGCGGGUGUGGAGGAUCGGGGGAAGGAUGGUGGUGAAGGCGCAGCAGAGAGUGCGGAUGUGAAGGUGAACAUCGAACGGACGGGUGAGGAGGAGGCGAUUGUGGCCCAGGAGUUGCUCGAGACGCUCGAGAGGGACAACCCGGCAACUUUUGAGUAUCUUUUCGAGUGGCGUAGGGUGAAAGAGGGUCAGGAUGCGGAGCGCGAGGCACGCUAUUACGUUGCGCAGAGUACUGCUUUAUAG